CUCCCUCCUCCCGGUGCCACGGCCGCCCAGGAUGUUCUCCUCCCGGAGGAAGGCGACCCAGCUCCCCUGGGGGGACAGUAGGUCUUUCCUGCCCCGAAAGUACAGCGUGUUCCAGCUAUUCUUUGCAUGCUUGUUCCUGGCCUUCCUCUCCUUGCUCUGGCUGCAGCUCAGCUGCUCUGGUGACAUGAAUCAGGCAGGGCAGGGGCAGGAGCUCAUCAGCUCUCCAAAGGCCUGCCCCAUGGAGCCUCCAGUCUCUCCAGAGGAGGAUGCUUCUUGGGGGCCCCACCGCCUCGCAGUGCUGGUGCCAUUUCGUGAGCGUUUCGAGGAGCUUCUUGUCUUUGUGCCCCAUAUGCACCACUUCCUAAACAAGAAGAAGAUCCGGCAUCACAUCUAUGUGCUCAACCAAGUGGAUCACUUCAGGUUUAACAGGGCCUCGCUGAUCAAUGUGGGCUUCCUGGAGAGCGGUAACAGCACUGACUACUUAGCCAUGCAUGAUGUGGACCUGCUGCCCCUCAAUGAGGAGCUCGACUACAGCUUUCCUGAGGCAGGACCUUUCCAUGUCGCCUCCCCAGAGCUACAUCCCCUCUACCACUACAAGACCUACGUGGGCGGCAUUCUGCUUCUCACCAAGCAGCAUUAUCAGUUGUGCAACGGGAUGUCCAAUCGCUUCUGGGGCUGGGGCCGGGAAGAUGACGAGUUUUACCGGCGAAUUAAAGGAGCUGGUCUCCAGCUUUUCCGUCCCUCAGGAAUCAAAACUGGGUAUAAAACAUUUCGCCACCUACAUGACCCUGCUUGGCGGAAGAGAGAUCAGAAACGCAUUGCAGCUCAGAAGCAGGAACAGUUCAAGCUAGACCGGGAAGGGGGGCUGAAUAGUGUGCGUUACCAUCUUGAUUCUCGUACCCUGGUGUCAGUAGCUGGAGCACCCUGCACAGUCCUCAACAUUGCUCUAGACUGUGAUGCAGCUGAUACACCCUGGUGUACAUUCGACUGAGGAGAACACAACUGGCACCAUCUCAGUCUGUUUGGCUAGGAUCUGACCCCAGGAGAGCAUUGUUACUGCUGGAGUGAGGCCUUCUGUGAGCAUGCCUGAAGCUAAGGUAUGCUUAGGACCCAGCACCCAGGUAGGUGCGGUCUGGCCUCAAGUGACAAGAGAAGAUCUGAGCCAACCUGGCCAAGCUACAUAGCUGUGCUUCUUCUGGAGACUGAUGCAGUCCAUAAGUUCUCUUGGAUCAAAGUUGUUAUCCCUGCCCUAUGGGCAGUAAAGAGAGACUGGAGGUUGGAAAGAGGUGGGGCUGCAGAAUCUUUGACUCUUUGGUUCAUGGGCUGAGAAUAUUUGGCCUGCUUCCCCAGCAGGAGGCUCUGACUGUCUGCCUUUUGGCCUCUUCUGCCCUUGUUCCCAGUACAGCUACUUGCACAUGUUAGGUGCUUAAUAAACAUUUGAGU